AUGCCAUUUGUGGAAAGGUCUUAUGCCACUGCUUUGGAAGAAGCUGAACAAUUUCUUUGGGGUGACCAUGCCAUGUAUUCUGUCGGGAACAUAACAAUAAGACUAACAAAGGCUAUGAACUGGGCCUUGGGUGUUAGAAAAUGUCUCUCCAAAAUUCCGGACUUUCUGAAAGAUGGCUGUUCUGAGAAAGUAAAUUAUGUGGAAAUAGAAGAACUAGUUGCUACGAAAUGUGCCCCGUGCUGUGAGCCUGGUCUUACAAAAUUGCAGGCGUAUGCAGAGGAAGCGAAAAUGCUGAUUAAUGAAGUAAACAAUGCACUAUCAUCUUUCUUAACAGUAGACAAAUUGGAAACAUUAUACUCAAGGGUUUCAGAAUUCCCAGUUAAGCUAACAGAAUCAUCGACUUUGUUUUGGGAGUUAUCUUCUGCAAAGUCCUGGUUGAAGAAAGCAAGCGAUUGCCUUGAACAGAAUAAACUGGGCAUUAUCGACAUAGAUGUCCUCAAUAAACUAAAAUCAGAGAUAAUACAACUUCGAGUUCUACUUCCAGAGAUUGAUCUUAUCUCAAAGCUGUGGAAAGAUGUGGAAUCAUGGCAAACCCGUUGUCAAUUAUAUCUCGAAGACUUCCCUGAUCUCAAGGAGCUAGAGGGUUUUCUCCUUGUUGCGGAUGGUGCCAACUUAAGCAUUCCAGAGCUGAACAUUCUUAAGCAACGUUACUCAAAUUGUUGCUCUUGGGCAUUCUGA